UCUGGUUUUUAUAUCUGCUCUAGGACAUGUCUUCAGGCUCCCUUACUUCCAUGUGACUACUGUCAGGCUUGCUUUCAUCUUGAAUGUUUGGACCCACCUUUAUCUUCCUUUCCUCCUCGCUCUGAGCGUUGGAUGUGUCCAUUGCACGCCGAGCAGACGAUAGACGAGUGCCUUGUCCGCUCCAUCCGGCUUACUGAACGCAUGCAUCUCUGGGAUACAUUGGCAGAGGCCAAAUAUGACGCUCUUACCACACGCACUGGCAGCAAGAUAAUCCGCCUAUGCAGUGCAGCUGAACUGGCUGCUUAUCAAGGUAUUGUGUUCCGACGUUCCACAAGAUCGAAAAUCGAGCCUGCGACCUAUACCGAAUAUUCCACUGCCCCAGGAGUGUCUUUGGCUCCAUUGUCCUGUCCCAUUGUCGAUCAAACAUCUGCCUGUCUAGACCCCGAAGCUACCACUGACUCAGGGACUGACAGCAAUGCUCAGACUGACAGUCUAGUGGCAGACUCGUCUGGCGACGAGGUGGGUGACGAGCCAGGUGAAUUGCGCUGCUCCGAUGAAGAAGAGAGGGAGAGAGGAACUGUUAACAGAGAUGUAAGAGUGGAGGAUACAGAAGAAGAGGAUGAACAGAGCAGAAAUGCGGGUCAUGAAAUCGAGGAAGAGGAAAAUGUUGGAGCCCCAUUUAUCAAUAGUGCUGACGAACAAAUUUCGGAUAGCGAAGAUAAUUUAUUGGUUGGAGUGACCAAGCCUAGGUCCGUGUACAGUCCGCCUGUUCAACUUUAUCAGCGUUCUUCGUCUGCCAUGAGUCGGGCUCGGGCCCCGACUAGCUGCGCUGUUCGAAACGGAUCAGGCACACUCAACUGUGACUCCAAAGAUCGUGGGUCAGCUACAAUUGUGGAGAUGAGUUCUACCAAUCUACCAACCGGAGCCAGUCAUGAUGUGCUGUACGGACCUGAUGAAGAGGCCGUCAUUCUUGCUGACCUCAUGCAUCAGGCACGUCGCGCCAACGCCGUAUCGACUGCUCUGCUUGGCCUGGCAGCUAUCGACGGCCGUAGUGGUCAUCGAACCAUUCCAUGUUCAGCAGAGACAGCUCCAGCGACCUCAAUUGUCAGACCAAGGCCGGGCCAGGACUCAAGGGGCUCUAGUCACGCUGGGUACCUAGAGGCUAGUCCUUGUGUGGAAACUCCACGAGGUCUCUGGCGCUUUCACUCUAGCACAUUGUCUGCUGAGGCCGGCCCAACGUUACCGGGUGCCAUCGGUCUUCACCAGGAAGGGUUACAAUGGCUGACUAGCGAGCAACAGUUUAUUGCCUCUAGAGUUAACUCGAGCUCUCUACGCAUUGUGGUAAGUCCAUAG